CUUCCCCUCUUGUAUCGAUUCCCAAUCCCCGUCGAAUCGUAACUUCCGCAAUCUACGUGAAACAAACCACUCAACACAUUCUACUCGGAUGAUGUCAGGCUCCUGGACCAGCAUGGGCCAACGCAGCCUCGUCGACCUCAACGACCCCCUCGCACGAUCCCACGCGGUAUCCUACUUUCCCUCGGCCAAGUUCGAUGGUUUCCCGUACGACGAGGGUCUCGUCCAUCCAGAGUCGACGGAAGAGCGCAAGAAGCGGGAGAGGAAGGAGAAGGCGGCGGAUAAGCUCGCGCGGUCGGAGAGCAGGAAGAGGAGGCGGAGUGCGGUGUGGACGUCCAUCAAGGGCUUGUUGAAUGGAGACGACGAUGGUCGUGUAAGCUAUGGAGACACAAUUGGAGCUUCGCUUCCUGUUUUGCCGCGAAGCGAAUGGCGGCAUUCGAGUCCUACGUCUUGGCCUCCACCAAGGCCAGCUUCGGCCAUGUCGUUCGCUGCACAAAGCUCUGCAAACAGCCUCUCCAAAUCGUCCAGCAUUGCCAGUGACCGCCCCAUGCGAGACUAUAACAUGUUCUCUCCGGUUCCUGUCCAAUGGUACACCCCGGAACCAAGCCCUUUGUCGUUGUCAGAAAACAUUGGCUCAAGUGUACUUGACCCACUCCCUCAUGAAGUCACGUUGAAUCCCUAUCUGCGACACAACCCCGCUGGCCCAGCGCCCGUCAUAUUUGACAUCAACCUCCCACCCUACGGAGUCACCUACACCGCUGCCCUCCCCUAUGAAGUCGCCCUCUCCCCAAGCGACUUCGCCCAGCUCGCAACAUGGCCGCGCGUGACGCGCUUCCGCAUCACCAGCGUCGCCGACGACUCGUCGCCGCACCUGCCCUGGCCCGUCGACGCGCACAACCCGUGCGGCGUCACGCUCGGCGACGUGCUCACCGCGAUCAGCACGACGUUCCACGCGCUCAUCACGCACGCCGAGUUCAACGCGUGGAGCGGGCGCCGGCGGGACAUGGUCGCGCGCGCGUACUGGCACCGUAUGCGCACGCGGAUGGCGAACAAGGACUGCGACUGGGACCAGAUCGAUGGGUCGGCGGCGCAGCCUGGUAUACGGCGGGCGGAUUGUAUGGCGGAUAAAUGCAUGUUCCGCGGGCUGGAGCCGUCGCCUGCCAGGGAUGGGACGUGGAUGCUGUUUCUUGGGCCUGCGUGAGUGGGGAGGGCGGAGCUGUGGUGCGUGGUGCGAUCAUGUACUUUGUUCUCGAUUCGUCUCGUUUCUUUCUGGGCACUUUGGACAGUCAUCGGUAUCGGAUUCUCAUGUCUUGUUUGCAUGUAUCUUAUCAUAAGGAUGGAAUACUAAAAGC